UAUUGUAGGAGAGAGAGAGAGAGAGAGGGAGAGACCCAUGAAGAAAGGUUGUAGACAGGGGCAUAAUCUAUUCAACUAUGCAAGUAGCUAGUUUAAGAAAAAAAUAAAAUAAUAAUUUAAAAAAACAACCUUUGCAAAUACAAAAAAUUUAUCCCUCUCUCUCCCCUAAAUCGUCCUCUAUCUAUCUCCUAUCUCCUGUUUGGCAACAUCCAGCUCACAUUUUUCAGUCGUAGGUUCCCUUUUUUAUUUUUAUUUUUAUUUAUUUUUUUUGGUGCGUGUUUCUGCAAACUAAAAAUACAACUUUGAAGCUUUCCUCUUUCUCUCUCUUCUCCCCAUCUUUUCUUUAAUAAAUUCCUUCUCAGUAGCUACUCUUAGAAUCCCAAAUCUAGAGAGAGGUAACCAACAAGAAACAGAGCUUUUUAGAGAGGGAAACAAACAAACAACAACAACAACAAAAGAGUUCUUGUUCUUCUACUUUUUAAAAAGAGCAAUUUUUAAAAAAAUUUAAAUGAAGUGAGAGAAAAUUUGAUCAACAUAUUGGGUAGUAUUAUUAGUUAAAUUAAGAGAGAAAAAUCACAAAAAAUGUGGGAUCUAAAUGGUUCCCCUGAUGAAAUAACAAGAGUUAUUUCUAGAAAUAACGAUGAAUCAGAAGGUUGUUCUUCUCAGAAAACGUCAUCGUUUGAAGCUGAUGAAAAGAAUUCCCCAUCUUCCACCGUUGAAAGAUCCGACACUAACAACCGUCGGAUUUUCGGCUUUUCCUUUUUAAAUAAUCAUAAUAAAAACAAUAAUAAUGAUGAUGAAGAAGAUGAUAAUUCUUCUUACUCCGGUGAAACUCCGGUGACACGUCAGUUUUUUCCGGUACAAUUAGAUGUUUCUGGUAGUACUUCCGCCAUCGUCGGUGAGUUUCCCAAACCUCAUUGGGCUGGAGCUUCUUUAUACCCAUCAGCAGAUACCAUGUCCGCUGCUGCUAUAAUGGGCCCAUCUACAACUACCAAGCCCAUGGAGUUAGCCCAGCCCAUGAAGAAAUCCCGUCGCGGUCCACGAUCCCGAAGCUCUCAAUAUCGUGGUGUUACUUAUUACCGACGUACUGGCCGUUGGGAGUCUCACAUAUGGGAUUGUGGGAAACAAGUUUAUCUAGGCGGAUUUGACACUGCUCAUGCUGCUGCUCGUGCGUAUGACAGGGCAGCAAUUAAAUUCAGAGGAGUUGAUGCCGACAUUAAUUUUAGCCUGGAAGAUUACCAAGAUGAUUUGAAGCAGAUGGGUAAUUUGACAAAGGAAGAAUUUGUUCACAUACUUCGCCGACAAAGUACUGGUUUUCCUAGAGGAAGCUCCAAAUAUAGAGGUGUUACCUUACACAAAUGUGGUCGUUGGGAGGCUCGUAUGGGCCAAUUCUUGGGCAAAAAGUAUGUAUAUUUGGGAUUAUUCGAUACAGAAGUUGAAGCUGCGAGGGCGUAUGACAAAGCGGCAAUCAAAUGUAAUGGGAAAGAUGCGGUAACUAAUUUUGAUCCUAGCAUUUAUGAAGAAGAGCUCAAAGCAUCAGCUGAAUGUUCUACAAGUGGUGGUGGUGGUGGUGGUGAGCAUAACCUUGAUUUGAGCUUGGGAGGAUCGUCAAGCUCAAGGAAAAAUUCUACAAACUUAGAUUUUCGAGAUACUUCCGCAAUGCAAGAUCAACAUCAACAACAGCAAUCACAAUAUUCAAGUCCUAUGCAACUUGAGCUUAAUUGGCAAAAUCAAGGCCCUAGGCCUAAGUUAUUUACAAAGGAUGCAUUUCGAGGGGAGAAUCAUGAUCAUGCUGAAACACUGCAAUUAUUAAGCCAAACUCGGCUACAAGCAUCGCCAAAUUCAUCCAAAAACCACGAAAUGUCGAUGCAUAAUCGAUAUUCAGGACAACUGCCUGUUUUUGUUCCUCCACAUCUCAAUUCCUCAAACUAUUAUCAUCAUCAUCAAAUUCAGUUUCCAAGCAGUAGUAAUGGAGGCAGAAUUGAUUUAAUGUUGUCAACAACAACAAAUAACAACAUAAACAGUAUUAAUAAUAAUGAAAAUCGUCAUCAACAACAGCAACAAGAGCAACAGCAAUGGCAUCAAAUUGGGCCUCCUUCCCAAUUGUAUGCUACUGCUGCAGCAUCAUCAGGAUUCUCACAGCAGAUAUCAACACCCCCACCAAACUGGAUGCCCCCUAAUAAUGCUUUCCACCCUCUGAUGAGACCCUCUUAAUUCUUUUUUCUUAUUAUUAAAUACUAUUUCUAUAUAUUAUUAUAACUUCUUAAUCCCCCUAAUUUAACCCCUUUUUGGCUAUUGUAAAGCCUAAUGCUUUCUAUUUUUGGACUUUUUUUUUUUUAUGUUUUGUAUUGUGGAAAUUGGGAAGGACACAAAAAAGGAAACUUUUUCCUACGUUAUUAUUGGCUUUAUAUUCUAGUCAAACUAACAGUCAAAAGAAUUAAGGCGAAUGAAUAUUGUAUUUAUACAUCAAUGCAUUAUAGUUUUGAUGAUUAUUAUUAAUUUAUCAUUCUUACUCCUA